AACGCGCGAACUGGCCGGCGAAGACGCGUCUCCCAUGCGCCCGUCGCCCGCGCCAUGAGCGGCGCCCGCCCCCGCAGCGCGCCGCUGCUACUCGCGCUGGCCGCCGCAUUCUUACCGCAAGCCAACCAUGUCGCGGGUGCCGGUGGGGGUGGCAUGUUCGGUGACGUCAAUAUAUCGGCCAUUUUGGAUUCGUUUAGUAUAAGUUACGAUAAAAGAGUAAGGCCCAACUAUGGAGGACCACCCGUGGAAGUGGGGGUUACCAUGUACGUGCUCUCCAUCAGCUCUCUGUCUGAAGUGAAAAUGGAUUUCACAUUGGAUUUUUACUUCAGACAGUUCUGGACGGACCCCCGAUUAGCUUAUAAGAAAAGAACUGGAGUUGAAACUUUAUCAGUGGGUUCUGAAUUUAUAAAGAACAUAUGGGUGCCUGACACAUUCUUCGUCAAUGAAAAGCAAUCGUACUUUCAUAUAGCAACAACUAGCAACGAAUUCAUACGUAUACACUACUCAGGAUCUAUCACAAGGAGCAUCAGGUUGACAAUCACAGCCUCCUGCCCUAUGAACCUUCAAUACUUCCCAAUGGACCGACAAUUAUGCCAUAUAGAAAUCGAGAGUUUCGGCUACACCAUGCGGGACAUCAGAUACAAAUGGAACGAGGGCCCCAACUCUGUCGGUGUAUCGAGCGAGGUGUCGCUGCCGCAGUUCAAGGUGCUGGGCCAUCGCCAGCGAGCCAUGGAGAUCUCCCUUACCACAGGAAAUUAUUCGCGGUUGGCGUGUGAGAUCCAAUUCGUUCGUUCCAUGGGAUACUAUCUCAUCCAAAUUUACAUUCCAUCUGGUCUAAUUGUAAUCAUAUCUUGGGUGUCAUUCUGGUUGAACCGCAACGCAACCCCGGCCCGAGUGGCGCUGGGCGUCACCACUGUGUUGACUAUGACUACCCUCAUGUCGUCCACAAACGCUGCCUUACCCAAAAUCUCGUACGUCAAGUCUAUAGAUGUUUAUCUGGGCACCUGCUUCGUGAUGGUCUUCGCUAGUCUAUUAGAAUAUGCAACGGUGGGUUAUAUGGCUAAACGGAUACAAAUGAGAAAACAAAGGUUCGUGGCGAUCCAGAAGAUUGCAUCUGAAAAGAAAAUGCCUCCCGUUGACUGUCCUCCUGUUGGAGAUCCACACACGUUAUCCAAAAUGGGGACUCUCGGUCGGUGUCCGCCGGGUAGGCCCUCGGUAAGCUGUUCGGAGGUGCGAUUUAAAGUGCACGAUCCAAAGGCGCACUCGAAAGGAGGAACUCUCGAAAACACGAUCAACGGUGGAAGAAGUGGCGCUGAAGAAGAAAAUCCUGGCCCUCCUCCUCAUAUUCUGCAUCCUGGAAAGGAUAUAAGCAAGCUCCUGGGGAUGACGCCAUCUGACAUCGACAAGUACUCGCGAAUCGUGUUCCCAGUGUGCUUCGUAUGCUUUAACCUCAUGUAUUGGAUCAUUUACCUACACGUGUCGGACGUCGUGGCUGAUGAUCUGGUUCUUCUGGAAGAGGAUAAAUAG